AUGGCAAUGUCGGCUACUCUGUUUCUACUCUCCUUGACCUCACUCGUCAACGCUCAAUCAAACACUGUACCCAUAACUUGGUCUUCAAUUGUUUAUACAUAUCAUGGGGAGAUCACACCUACUCUUGUCAACGCUACUCCUCCUGUUCUCACACCCCUCGGGGCUAGUCAACUUUACAAUUCGGGAUCCAUUAUACGCGAUCGUUACUUGAAUUCUUCCGCGACUGAGCUUACUCUUGGGCUGCCAAUUAAUGACCUAAGUGAUCAAUAUAUCAUCAACAAUCAAUUACAAGUAUGGAGUACGAGUGGCGAGUAUAUGAUUGGAAGUGUCCAGGCUUUUAUGCAAGGACUGUAUCCUCCUGUGCCGGGGGAGAUUGCAGGAAAUGAUCAAUUUUCAUCCUACGAUAUCGCAACCAAAUUCACAGAGACAUCCCCAAAUGCAACCUCCCUGAUGACUAGCACUCAAGACUUUUACCUCUCUCUUGCAAAUACGUUUUUCUCUGGCAUUGAUAGCUCUAUGCUUAACUACGGAAACGCAAUUGAUCUUUACUACUACGCACUUUACCAAUAUAAUCAUAACAUUUCUAUCUUCAGCAUGACCAACGCCUUCGGUCUUCUUCAAACUCUCAAUGAAUUUGCGUCAGAACAAGCUGUAUCUUUCAAUACACCUAGCGCGACUUCCAACAUCCAAUCUAUAUCCGGCCAGACCUUCGGAUCCAAGAUGAUUCAACAAUUUCAACAGACUAUCUCGAGUUCCGGUGUUAGCGAUAAGCUAUCUCUUUACUUUGGAUCCUAUGAGCCAAUGCUAGCAUUUUUUCACCUCUCAUCGCUCUCAACCUCGGAUCGUACACGAAGGCGCUUUUCUAUGCUGCCAGACUAUGGAAGUAUGAUGGCCGUGGAGUUAUUUAGUUACGUUGAAGAAGGACAGUACGAUUCAUCCCUUCCUUUCCCUGACGCUACUGAGCUAUGGGUAAGAUUCUUAUUUCGCAAUGGAACAUCGGAUACCGACCCUUUGAUAUCCUACCCCCUUUUCAACCUCGGCAAUUCGGAAAUCGAUAUGAAGUACAAUGAUUUUGUUACGGAAAUUGGGAAGUUCGCCUUGAAUGAUUUGAGCGACUGGUGCCGUGCAUGCGCCUCGAUUUCUCUAUUUUGCGAAGCCAUUCUUAGUAACGAAUCUUCCAGCUCAGGUUCAAAGAAAAGCACAACACUACAUUCAAAGCAGGUCAACGGUGUAGUAGGUGGAAUUAUUGGGGCGAUUGUCACAUUGGUAGUUGUGACAAUCAUCGCAUCAGCUCUUGCGCUUCUUGGCUUCAGAAUGCAAUACCGAUACCGCGAGAAGAAAACGCCAAACUCCGCGGGAGGUGUGGGUACCUUAAAAAGGAGCUCGCGAUCAAGUGGUGGAGGAGGAGGAUUCAAAGGUCCCGAGAAACUUGCUUCAGAUGCGGAUCUCGAUAUAGUCGAGGGAUCUGGAUCUGGAUCUAAAUUUGGUGCAACAGCCAGGCACGAGAGAGUUGGGAGUUGGGAGAUGGGCGAUGCACUUGCCGGUGGGAAGAAUAAUGGCACAAGCCUAAACAAAAGAUCUGAAGGAGAAAUGGGAGGGGAUUUUUAUUUGGGACGGGAAAGUGUAGUAAGAAGUACCGCGGAUUAUAGUAGGAGAAGCGAAGAUGGAAUCGGAGGUCAUGAUCCUUGGGGAAAAGGUGUGCAGAGUGAGGACUACGUUUGA